AUGGCUUAUAAGAAUAAGAAGUUUCUUACAAUCGAAGGAGAAGAUGCAAACAAGAUUAAUAAACAUUUGACCGGUACUAUAUGUACUAGUAAUGAUGUAGAUUAUGGAAAUACACUCGGGAACAAAGCGACGAAUGCCGUGAACUCUAGCGAUAAAACCCCGGCCGAGAAUCAUCAUUCUUCGGUUUGUGUAUGUUCGGAAUUGUCCCCGGAAUUGGAAGGCUUGAAAUUGGAUUUAGUUGUCUUGGAGUCGAAGUUUGGCCAUAAAAUCCAGGCUAUUGAGGAAAACUUCUACGUAUGA